AAAGAGAUGAUUCCCUACGAAGAGGCGGAGACUAGAGAGAGAGAGAGAGAGCCUCUUCGCACCUCAGCCUACAGAAAAAGAGAAACAGCGGAGUACAGACUGUAAAUAAUUAACGGUGGCGUGAGGAGUAACUGCUGCACGCACCUUCACAGGGAGAGAUCCGCCAAAAAACAAAAAAGAUCUCGAAGGAAUGAAUGGGAGUGCGUGGAAUGUGUGUUUAAACAGAGCCUUGAUUCCUCCGUAGCCGAUUGGUGGCUUGUGAAGUCCUGCUGAGGAAUGCUUCGCUGAUUGGGCGAAUGGCGCCCACCUUCGCGUCAAGCGCCCUCCUACCCAAGUGAAUUGCGAGCAACCGUGUAGCCUCGAGGUCGGGAGCUGUUUAGGAUGCAGAGUGGGGCGGGAAGGAGAAAGAACAGACGAGCCAGCCAAGCUUAGCAGGAAUGAGGGGAGAGUUAUAUUUCCUUGGAAUGAAAAAUCCUGCUUCCUACAGCAGUGUCCCGGAUGAUGUGGGACAUUUCUUAUACUAUUCUGUAGACCGAGAAAAAGAUGUUGAGAAGUCUUUAGUAGAAGAAGAAAUAACUGAUGUCAAUGACCUUCCGAACUCCCUCUUUGCUUGUAAUGUCCAUCAGUCUGUGUUUGAAAAGGAGGACACUAAGGAGAAAUUUGAGGGCUUGUUCCGUGCUUAUGAUGACUGUGUGACAUUUCAGCUGUUUAAGAGUUUUCGGCGUGUGCGGAUAAACUUUAGCAAUCCCAAAUCAGCUGCUCGUGCCAGAAUAGAACUUCAUGAAACACAGUUCCGAGGGAAGAAGUUAAAACUGUACUUUGCACAGGUCCAGUCCUCUGAGAUCGAUGGGGACAAGCUUCAUUUGGCUCCUCCCCAGCCAGCAAAGCAGUUGCUCAUCUCGCCUCCAGCUUCCCCUCCUGUCGGUUGGCAGCCAAUACAUGAUGCAACACCUGUCAUCAAUUAUGACCUCCUUUAUGCAGUUUCUAAACUGGAACCAGGUGAGAAAUACGAACUGCAUGCAGGUACUGAGUCCACCCCAAGUGUAGUGGUGCACGUCUGUGACAACGAUACAGAGGAAGAAGAUGGCCCAAAUAAUUCACCCAAACCAAAAAUCAUUCAGACUCGACGUCCUGGUCUGCCGCCUCCUGUAUCAAACUAGUUUCCUUCAACAAGAACAUCUCUUCUUUCACCUACUGCUUUCUUCGUCUCUAUUUUCAUUUGUCUAUAUAUAUUUUUUUGUUGGCUUACUUUCUUUGCUCAAGGGCAAACCAUUGUCUUGUGAGUACCUUAUUGUAGCUUAUUGGAAUAUUCUCUUUGCUGCAAUGAAGCCUAACUAACUAAAGGGCUACGAAAAUGUUCUUUGCAUAAAUAAUCAUAUCACACAUGCAGAGCUGUUGCUAUCUGUCAAAUUUAGACAAGAGGCGGAGAGAAGAGUUGAUUAGCAGCGUUUUUCACCACUCCGUUUAAUGUUAAGAAACUUUUCAGUGUCAUUCAGGAAACAGCAGUAAAUCCAUACCAUGACUAGUCCUUCAAAUCAGCAGAGUAGAAUUCCGUUUGGCGUUUCUUUUCAUGCACGAUCCCUUGGUCCAGUUAUCCCAAAUAUUUCUCUUUAACCCUUUCUCCUCUUGUUGAAUUGCAUGAGGCCAUAGCUCGGAGACCUUUUCCUUGCUUAACCAGCUGCUUCACAAGCGGAUAACAAAAUCCCCCCACAACUUGAGGUAUUAGCAGGAAGGAACAACAACCCAUUCCCUCCUUAGUCCUACUGGAAUGCCUAAGCCACUUAUUUGGGGUCUGAGAUGGGAAAGGCCAUAGCUCAGCAUACACAUGUUUAGCAUGUACAAGGUCCCAUGUUCAGAUCUUAUGCCCCUCCCUGACAUCUCCAGUUAAAAGGAACUUUGGUAGCAGGGCUGGGAAAAGGGCAGUGGAGAGCCACUGUCAGCCAGUGCCAACUACGCUAGAAUAUGGAUAUGACGAAUAUUUAUAUACCGCUUUUCAAUAAAGUUCCCAAAGUGGUUUACACACACACACACACACACACACACACACACACACACACACACACACACUGGCCCCCUGUCCUCAAAGGGCUCAUAAUCUAAAAAACAAGCAGAAGACAGACACCAGCAAGAGCCACUAGAGGGAUGCUGUGCUGGGGCUGGAUAGGGCCAGUUGCUCUCUCUCUGCUCAAUAAAGAGGAUCACCACUUUCACAAGGUGCCUCUUUGCUCAGGUAGCAGAGAUUUGUAGCUGGACUAAAUAUACAAAUGAUCUGACUUGGUAUCAAGCAGCAGCUCUCUAUAUUCAGAGGGUAUUGGGCUACACAGAUGUGGAGAAAGGUGUGUCUUUCAUGCCCAUGUCUCAAAAUAUGGGCAAAACAGUUCACCGCAGCUGUUUCUUGUAGGAGAAGAAAGUUUUGCCACUCUGCAAGGUAUGGAAUAUCUUUACUUUGACACAUUAAGAAUUAGAAAGGAUUGUAGAAGGUGAAGGACUGAUUUCCCAUUAUUUAUCUCCUGAGGCUUCGUAAUACCUUCAAUCAUGGGGUAAACUCCUUUUGAACAGUUGGACUGAAGGUACUAAAUAGCUGUAUUUAUCUAUUCCCAUUACCCCCCACCCCUUUAAUGUCUCUGUUUAAAAUAAAAAAAUUAGGGGCAGAUUGAGAACCAUGCAUUUCCUUUCAAGCCAGAUCAGAGAGAAGCAAGAUCACUGUUGAUCCCUUGUUUCAUUUUAGGACCUCAGUUAGGGAUACCACAAAAAUCUAUUAGGUUCCAUUUCCCAUGUGAUUAUCUCUUUUGCUGAUGCAAACAAUUAUCCAAAACCUUUCAUAUGCCUGAUUCUAUUUCAGUUGGGAGUAGGGUGUGUGUGGCUGCAUUCACAAACUUUUUCAGCAAAAAAGAGAAUAAUCCCGCAUGAGCUGACUUUGUUCAGAAAAACAGGGAUAUCUACAAUGUUUUGCGGAUUUUCUGUAGAUUUCCAAGAAUGUAUGGGGAGGUAAAACAGAAAAUUCUGUGAAAAUAAGAGGACCGAUUCCAUGCAUUGCUGGCUAUUCACAAAUGCCUGGGGCAAAGCUCCACUAAAUACAGUGGCUAACAGCCAGAGCAGUGAUCUGGGGAUGCAGCAGCUGGAUUUCCAUGCAACAAGGCUGCUCCUAACUCAUCCAGAGCCUUCCUGAGCAGCAGGGUGCACAGGCGAGGGGGAGGAGGAAUGAUUUCUACUGCUCUUCCCUGCCUCUGUAAGUGCCCUUUGCCUUCCUCCUCCCCAUGCAUACUCGCUGCUCGGGAAGACUCUAGAUAAGUUAGGAGCAGCCUCUACACAUAGGGAUGCAGCUCUGGAUUGCUCAGUAUUACUCUAGAUGUCAGCCACUGAGACUUACUUCUGAGUUAAACAUGCGUAACACUGCGCUCCACGUGUUCUGUACAUAGUUACCUUACAAUUAGUCCCUUGAAAAGGUAUCACCUGAUCUGCUACAGAACAUAUUUGUCCUCCAUAGCUUAAAGCAAAUGCUAGAGAAAUUUGGAAACCCAUUAAACGCUUGUAAUAGAGCAGAAUGUUCACUUUGUUUUGCGUGUGCACUAGAGUUAUGGAAAGGAGCGUGUCCCAUAUUCUAAAUGGCUGAGCUUGCAGAUGUUUUAUAAUGUUUCAGUUAAUGGGAAAUCUUAUUUCAGUUAAUGGGAGUAAUUCCAUAGCAAUAGUUAAGCAAAAUAUGUAGACCACAGCUGGACCGGUUUUUGAGAUUUGCAAUACUCCAUAGCUUGGUAAAAAUGGCACAAUCUUUGUGAUUCGGUUGAGAAUCACUCUUGUUUAUGCACACCCUCCAGCUUGCUUUAAAAAAAAAAAAAGUUCAUGCACAUUUUGCAGUGCUAUGCAGAUAAACUUAAACAGAGACUGUUGGUUAAUCAGAGAUUUGUUGUCAAACCAAGUGUCUUUCAGAAUGUAUAUUCAUGUGCUUUUCUUUAUUGUUUUAGAUAUAACACCACAUCUACUCCUCCUCUGUCCGAUAAUUCAGUUUCACUGAAAGGGAGGCUGUGUGGAGAGAUGUUGGGGCCAGACUGAAGGGAAAGGAAUGCAGCUGUGACUGUUUAACUCAGCUGACAAGCUUGUCCUUCCUCUGUUACUAUAUGCUAAAUGGAGGACCCAUAUUGUUUCGAUCUAAAUAAUCUUAAAAUGGGAGGAAACUGCUAUUUGGGACCAGCAUAAAAAUAGCAGGAUAUCAUUCUUGACUUGCUGUGGUCAUUCAAUGAUACUCCAUUUCUGUUCUCAUGUCUUCCCCCAUUUAAGUGUAUGUUGUGGAAUUCACACACACACAAAAGCACUUAAGAUAUGCUGAGCUUUACUCUUUUAUUAUGAAUACAUCUUCAAUGGAGAAACACAUAAGCACAUCUGAUCUGUAUUGUAGAAGAGUUGAGCUGUGGGUGUGGUGGGGCCACUUGGUUUCAUUGUCAAAAAGCAUAGCAACCCCAAACUAUGAGAUAUUGGGUGGCUUCAAAGGGUGUUCCCCCCACCCCACCCCCAGGUGUACACUGGCUGACAUCCAUUCUAAGUUACUCGGUAGUAAUACUCAGGAGUUACUCUAAAGGACCACUUAAGGUCAAUAGGACUGCUCUGUUCUAUUGAUUUUUAGGCUGGAUGUUAGCCACUAGCUGACUUCCUAACUAAGUGUGUGCAUAAGGAGGGACUAAGAUUAUUAUACUAGGCAGUAUAUAAAUUAAGUAAGUAAGUAUGUGGGGAUAUCAUGUGCGCCUAUGCACAACUCCCCGACUGCAACACUGUUGCACAAGUGGGUGAAACUACCCCACUCUGCUGAGAAAAAUAAAUCUGAUGUUAUCAAACCAUUUUUCUAGUAACAAUGUACCUAUUCCUUAACCAAGGAGGAAGUGGUAACAGUAGAUAUCUGCAUUCCAAAUUUAGCAGUUGUGGCUUCUCCAAAGUAGUCUGGGACUGUGUUUUGGUUAGAGAAUGCUGAGAAUUCUCUCUCAAGGAUCCUUAACACAGAUCCCCUCCGAACUGCAGUCCUGGUGAUUUUGUAGAAAUGAGGCACUGGCAGUUAUGCCUGUAGUGUAGCCUCCAACAAAAUAUUUUCUAAGAGUCUCCAGCAAUAAGUUCUUGCACUGUAUUUCAGUUUUGAUCUAUGUCAGAAGCAGUUUGCUUUCUAAUGAUCAGCCAACAUCUAAUGAUGAUACAUGACUAUAACACAGCACAGUUUGGCCCAACUUUCCUUGGUGGGUUUUUUUAAUUGGUAGGUGGAGCACUUGGUCUGGUAUUCCAGUAAUGAAAUGGCACCCUCUAGUGCUAUAGUGUUCACUGCUUUGGCUGGAAAUUAAGAAACCAACUGAUAACAGAAGAGAGAUAACUUUGCAGCUCACUUACCCAACAUUAGCCUCACAUACUUCGUAGAACUUAAACUGCUAAUUACUUUAGGCAUAGCAAGUCAGCAAACAGUUACUUUUAAAACCAUCUCCUUAAACUGAACAGGAGCAGUUCACAGAUUUCAGUGAACAUGCAAUGCCUUUUAAGGAUCUAUUAGUAUAGAUUCCUGAGAAAUCUGUUGAUUUCAGUGGGAGUCUUAGCACAUUGAUCUUACAUUGCAAUGUGGAUAUUCCUGGCUGGCUUUUUUUUUUUUUUUACAAGCUAGCUGAUUAAAAUUGUACAGUUAUUAGCAUAAUAAGAUUCUCUUUGUUGAUAUAUGUACAUUAGGACCGAUGACAACUCUCAUUUCAACUCAUCUAUGUGAAAAGUGAAUGAUGUGGGUUAACUUUUUUUUAUUAACCCUCCUACAUGACCUGCAGGCAAAUUACCACCCUGUAUUUUCACAUUUUGUUUUGAUUCAGUAAUGGUUUUCAACAGGCGGUGUUGGGGUGAGGGUGUGUGAUGAGAUAGGGACGACUUCUUUUUUGGUAGAAAUUGUUAACCAGUGACAUAAUUUUGCAAGAUGUGGUUUAUAGUGACAUGUCAAGGCACUAUGAGUUAGUUUUGCAGCAAUGUUUCCAUUUUGCACCUUAUAAAAUUUAUAUUUAGUAAUACAGUAUUUUAUAGAAGUAUUGAGUUUGGCUGAUUCCACUUUUGCACUUGUAUAACUCAGAUUUUAGUUUUUAAAAAUAAAUAUGGGAAAAUAUACUGUC